CUAUGAGCUGUUGAAAAAAGCAAAUGAGUGCGAAGUGAAUGUCAACGCAUUAGCCCCACUUCAAGUGGAGAAACAAGUGAACAGCACGGCUUGCCUACCGUGGCUGCACUGUCGCUUCACUGAACUCUCUAAUUUGCCAUUUCUCGGAGGCAGCAGCAAAUCUGCAGAAGUGGAUGUUUUCCGAGCAUGUGCUUGUUUAUGACCUACGCUCGUUCCGCACCGUGAGUCGGUUUACCAUUCCGGAUCUGUGCAGGCAUACUGUAUAAGGAUUUUUUUUGGUGACUGAACUCCCAAGUACGGUUUGAGGAAGGACCCGGUUCUGCUUCGCCGUGAAGUGUUUGAGAGGAUAGGCACGCGGCGGUCGCCUUUUGUGUUGUCAAGGUCGAAAAGAAAUACUGUAUAUUGGAUUCGUCUGUCUCUAUCAUAAAUUACCAGCAGAUUGGGCUUUCGUCUUUUUUUCCAAACGUAUCAGGGAUGACUGACCGAAGGAGAUACUGGGAAAAGGAGGACGAUCUACCUGUCUAUUUGGCAAGACCAGGCACCACUGCGCAGACACCCAGGCAAAAGUCAUGGGGAAUGUUCGCUUCGGUGGAAGGUGCCUACGAGAACAAGACGAUAGAUUUUGAGGCGUAUACUGUGGGGAAGAAAGGAUGCCGAACCCCUCGGAGCGGCAGCAGGGAGGUGCUGGAAGGGGACAAUUUUAGCGAGACUGCAAGUGACGUUAGUGAGGUAUCCGGAUCUGUCAUCAGCUCUCCCAGUGACAGGGACGACAAGACUCCGGCAGUAGAAAUCAAAUACCCAUCCGGAAAGGAGCUGCUACAGGGACAGGACAAUGGCAAGAGUGAUAGAUUGCACAUCAAAGGUGGGAGAAUUGUCAAUGAUGACCAGUCUUUCUAUGCAGACGUCUAUUUGGAAGAUGGCCUGAUCAAACAAAUUGGGGAAAACCUGAUUGUUCCUGGUGGAGUGAAGACUAUAGAAUCUCAUGGACGAAUGGUUAUUCCUGGAGGGAUUGAUGUGAACACCUACCUACAAAAACCGUACCAUGGAACAACAACGGUUGAUGACUUUUAUCAAGGGACAAAGGCAGCACUGGCAGGAGGAACCACCAUGAUAAUUGAUCAUGUUGUUCCAGAGCCAAAUCAGAGCCUCCUGACUGUCUUUGAGAAAUGGCAUGAGGCAGCUGACAACAAGUCAUGCUGUGACUAUUCCCUCCAUGUAGAUAUUACAAGGUGGCAUGAAGGAGUCAAGGAGGAACUAGAAGUCCUUGUACAGGAUAAAGGGAUCAACUCCUUCCAGGUAUAUAUGGCUUAUAAAGAUCUUUACCAGAUGACAGACAGUCAGAUCUAUGAAGCCUUUACAUUUCUGAAAGGCCUUGGAGCAGUGGUUCAGGUGCAUGCAGAGAAUGGAGAUCUAAUUGCUCAGGAACAAAACAAGAUUCUCAGCAUGGGCAUAACAGGACCUGAAGGACAUGCACUCAGUCGACCUGAAGAGUUGGAAUCUGAAGCAGUUUUCCGUGCCAUAACAAUAGCCAACCAGGUGAAUUGUCCAGUGUAUAUCUCCAAGGUGAUGAGUAAAAGUGCAGCAGACAUCAUAGCACAAGCUAGGAAGAGAGGAGCUGUGGCCUUUGGUGAGCCUAUAACGGCAAGUCUUGGGACUGAUGGCUCACACUACUGGAGUAAAAACUGGGCAAAGGCAGCUGCUUUUGUAACAUCACCACCACUAAGCCCUGAUCCAACAACACCAGACCAUCUCAAUGCUCUUCUAGCAUGUGGAGAUUUGCAGGUCACUGGCAGUGCCCAUUGUGCUUACAGCACAGCCCAGAAAGCAAUUGGAAAGGACAACUUUACCCUCAUCCCUGAAGGAACCAAUGGCAUCGAGGAGCGCAUGUCAAUCGUUUGGGAUAAAGCAGUUGCAGUUGGAAAAAUGGAUGAAAACCAGUUUGUGGCAGUAACUAGCACCAAUGCUGCGAAAAUCUUUAAUCUGUAUCCAAGGAAAGGUCGGAUAGCAGUUGGUUCAGAUGCUGACAUUGUCAUCUGGGAUCCAGACAAAACGAAUACCAUUUCUGCCAAAAUGCAAAAAUCGGCCCUGGAAUACAAUAUCUUUGAGGGAAUGGAAUGUAGAGGGUCUCCUCUGAUUGUUAUCAGUCAAGGCAAGAUAGUUUCUGAAGAUGGUAACUUGCAUGUUCACCAAGGAAUGGGACGCUUCAUCCCUCGAAAACCUUUUCCUGAAUACGUCUACCAGCGCAUCAAGACAAGAAACAGGGUAAUGGCAUUGCAAGGAGUCUCCAGAGGCAUGUAUGAUGGACCCGUGCAUGAAAUUCCAGCAACUCCUAAAUACACAACCCCAGCACCAUCUGCAAAAUCAUCUCCCGCCAAGAACCAGCCUCCACCUAUCAGGAACCUUCACCAGUCCAACUUCAGUUUGUCAGGUGCUCAGAUUGACGAUAACAUCCCAAGACGCUCUGGCCACCGUAUUGUGGCGCCCCCUGGUGGCCGCUCCAAUAUCACUAGUCUUGGCUGAACUGUUAAACUUGAAGAUUUGACAUUGCAGCAGAUAACCUGAAGGAGAUUGUUACGCUUCUUUGUAUGUCAGUGUUUUAAGUCCUCAGCUCCUCUGGUAUUGAGAAAAUGAUUUGUCUGUCUGUUUAUGGGAUGAGGUAAACUUAGUGUGAUGUCAUUGCUUGAACGAUUGCCUCGCCAUUGUACUUCAUGCCAUAGUCAACUCCAGCAUGGUGCUUCCAUUACCCUUUUUGUGAAAGAUGAUAUCAGUAUUGUUUUGUAUCUUGAAACCUGGUUCAUUGCACUUUUUUUCCAGUGUGAUUAGUUAUAGGUAGCUGCAUGUUGUAUUACAUUUUGUGGUUAGAUUAUUAUUGUUUAGUUGCUAUUUUUGCCAAGAAUCAUCUACCUAGGGUGAAAGCCCAAGCACUGCUUUAUAGUGCACAUUUUCUGUAAAUGCAACUAACAUGAUUUUGAAUUACAAGAAGGCUUAAGUUGUCAUUUUAUGCAGUGUUGGUUCAGCUUAGAGCUUCACUCAGAGCUUAAAGAGCACUGGAAGCUGACAUCAGUAUGGAAUAUUUUGUAUUAGUACCUCAGUAGGAAUUAUUUAAGGUUCAGCACUGCUAAUAGACAUAUGCAAUAUGUAUUUCUUGAUUUAGGUUAUAGGUUUAAGUGACCAGCAGCCAUUUUAUAUGGAAGAAAGAUGACACAUCAGUAGUAUUUCUGGUAAAGCACACUUUUAAGUGGGAUUUAAUGUACAUUUUGUUGGAACAGCAAAGGAUUUGCUAUCAAGUCGUUCGCGCACAAGCACAGACACAGCAAGAGUUUCACUGUCUCCUUAUUUCAGGAUUUUUUUUAUCAAAUUCCUUUGUAUUCACACACACAUUUUUACAUAUUGUUCAAUUUACUAUUGUCUAGUGAAUUAAUGAUUAAUAUUUUAUCAUUGUGAAAUAAAUUAUAACAAACAAAA